GGAGUGGACCUGCCCUCUGCCCUGACUAGUUUCACCUCCGAAUUCUUCCAGGGCUGCACGAAUUGCAGCGAGCUCGGCGCGUGUAAUAGUGUUAGUGCAGCCAAAUCCAUUUGGGUUUACGUAGACCACACGGUCUUUAUGCCAAGCACAAGCCCCAGCCACUUGUAGUUCUCUACCGUUUUCAGUUGUUAUCUUGGAUACCGAGCCAUCGGUCCAUACAAUUUCCUCGGGGUUGUGGGCCAGCGGCAGUGUACGUUGGAAUUGUGUCCGAUUCAACCUCGGUGUCGCUGGAGCUUCGUCAGGCGUGACCAUAGUGGCAAUGUUCUGGGGCACGUCAGUGCCGAGUCCAGGCUCCAUCCCAGCUGUGCCUGGGGAGUCCAGUUCUCCGUUCGUCCAGGUGGCGAGUCGGCGGCAGAGCGGGUGGGUUAGCCACUGUGUGUGUGGGCUGCGCACAACGGCUCGGACGGUUGCCGAGGGGAGGGACGUCUGGUGCUGUGGUGCCGUCUUAUGAUCAGUUUGCCCCGGGUCGCGCCGGUAUCUGUGCAGCAGGGCAGCCACCGCCUCCUCGAAGGCCUUGGUCCGGUUGUUGCUGGUCCGGUUGAAGCUUUCCCAGAGCGUUUGAAGGCGUGCGUAGGUGAGCAUGCCAAGCCAACGUCCGCUGGGUUCAUAGACAUGGGCCUCUCGGGGGAGGGCCCGGCCUGCUGUGGGGGUAGUGAUGGCGUAGCUGCCUGGGGGGGAAACGUCGUGGUAGGGAUCGCUGGGGACGGUAGAGAUGAUGGUUGCUGCGCGGGUCACCCGUGCACGCGUUGCUUGAUCGUCCGGGUCGUCAUCGUGUCGGCCCUGACGUUGCCGCAUUGUCAGGUUGCGAUCCUUUGGAGGCCGUGUGGGGCGGGCGGGUGCAUCAGGUCCCGCAGCAAGUCGGUUGGUGUAUUCUGAGAUCAGCUCCUCCCACUCGAGGUCAUGCUUAAGGUCACGCUCACGCUCAUUGCUGUUUGCCCACGUAACUUGGCGCAGGAGACGAGUCGACCUCGAUGAAAAGAGGGCCGCACGUGGGGCAUGUGUUGUCUCGAAUGGCCCGGGCGCAGGUGCGGUGGGCGGCGCGUGUGCGGGUAGGAUGCCGGCGGGUUGGGCCGCUGUUGCUGUGUCUGCGUCUGUCGUGCCGGCCCCGUCCGGGUGGGGCUGCGUCGCGCGUGGGCGAGCCUGCAGUGGGUGCUUGAAGCAGCGCACGUCUGUGACCGUGGCGUAGCCCAUGCGUGAGAAGGCGGUGACUAGGCCAGGUGGGAUAACAGGUGGCUUCCAUUGGACCGCGAAGUAUGGCUCGCGGGUGUUGGUUGUGUCCUCGCCCGCUUUGCGUUUGCGUGCAAUUUCCUUAUCUGUGACAGUUUGUUGGUUUGUGCGGUACAGGAUGGCCGCCAGCUCCUGGCCAUCAUUAUCCAGGUCGUAGGUAAGCUGCGCAUCUCCGUUGGUGCAGUCAUCAGUAGGAGGGUGGACCAGGUCCUUGACUACACGUUCCCGGGCUAGUUUCCAGAGUGUUUGCUUGCCCCGCCGGUGAGACAGCCUGAGUGGUGAGGCUUGCUGCCUAUCGUCCGCUUCCAUCAGGUCGUGCUGACUAUCGUCCACUUCCAUUUGGUCGUGCUCAGGUGCUGCGGCGUCGACAUCCAUUGGGUCCUCAGCGGCGGCCGCGGCUGGCUGCCCUUGGUGGAGAAGGUAGGUUUGCACGGCGCCAGUAGACGGCGUGGUCGCAUUCGCAGUGAGCAGAGUGGUUAUUGUGGGGGCCAGGGGCCGUUGCGUGCGGGUAACCGGGGUUCGGUUGUUGAAUGAAGGGGGGUCCCUUGGGUGGGGCUUGCAGAGGUGGUUGUGCCUGCUCAUGUCUUUUGCCAGGGCCGUGAACACUGAACGUGCCGUUUCGUACCCACGUGUGCCAACGGCCAGGCUUUCGUCUCCAUUUGUGAGGCGCAUAGCCGUGCUGAUUGCGGCUUUAUCACCGGUGAGCAGGUCGUCGGGUGUUGUGCGCGUGUUUUCUGCAAUGCGGGCCUUUUGGGCGGCGUGUUUCGUGACGCGGCGGGAGUGGGCAGUUGGGUGUGUGGGAGUACGCAUGACGGGCGUCUUCCGUGGCCGGGUCUGCAGGUUGGCUUCGGGUUGGGCGACGGGAGCUGCGGUAUCCGCGGCUGGGGCAGGAGUUGGGGCCAUCUGCCCCAAGGCAGUUGGCGUGUAUUGCAAGGGCGGGUUGUGAUAGAGUGGGCUGGCUUCUUCGAUGUCCAUUUGGGU